GCUUGUUUUGUCACUGCUGUGGAUCAUCGGCAAUGGCAACGUGUGUACCUACACCAACGAACGCCAUUCUUACAAGUAGUAAAAGUUCCCAUUGAAAAUAAAGCUUUUCCAACGCCACCUGUGCUACCUUUAACUACAUAUACAUAAGUCUGUUUAAUAAAAGAACUUCUACAGUUUAUAAUAGAAACUCAGCCGAUAUGAAUCUUAACAAUCAGUUCAAGACUGCACGUGGUGGUGUGAUUAAAUUAUCCCAGCAGGCUUUGUCGAGGGCAGAGAAACUUUUUGAUGAUAUAAAUAAAGAAUCUGAUAACUAUCAAGAAACACAUAAAACUGAUGAUAAGACUGAAGCAUCUGUAAACUCUAUGAGUUUGACAGAUGAACUCCCAUUUGGUUUUGCUACUGCCAGUGGCAGUCUACUUAAAGUAUCUAACGAAAGUUUAAAAAAAGCAUAUAAAACUUAUAAUGAAGUAUCUAAAGAAACCGAUGAGGGUACACAUAAAGUAAAAGAUAGAGUUGGUACACCUCAAUCAAUUGUAAAUCAAAAGACAUCCACAGUUAUCAAGAAUAAAAAUGAACUUUCAUUUGGUUUUGCUACUGCCAGUGGCAGUCCGAUCAAGAUAUCUACCAACAGUUUAAAAAAGGCAUAUAAAACUUAUAAUGAAGUAUCUACAGAAAUUGACGAGGGAACACAUAAAGCCAAAGAUAGAGUUGCUACACCGCAACCAGUUGUAAAUCAACAGUCGUCCACAGUUCCCAAAAAUAAAAAAGAAUUUUCAUUUGCUUUUGCUACUGCCAGCGGCAGUCCAAUCAAGGUAUCUGACAGAAGUUUAAAAAAGGCAUAUAAAACUUAUGAUGAAGUAUCUACAGAAAUUGAUGAAGGAACACAUAAAGCCAAAGAUAGAGUUGCUACACCUCAACCAGUUGUAAAUCAACAAUCGUCCAUAGUUCCCAAGAGUAAAAACGAAUUUUCAUUUGCUUUUGCUACUGCCAGCGGUAGUCCAAUCAAGAUAUCUGAUGAAAGUUUAAAAAAAGCAUAUAAAACUUAUGAUGAAGUAUCUACAGAAACUGAUGAGGGAAUACAUAAAGCUAAAGAGAGAGUCAAUACACCUCAACCACUUAGAAAUCAAAAAACAUUCACAGUUACCAAGAGUGAAAAUGAAUUCUCGUUUGGUUCUGCUACUGCCCUGGACGAAGUUUCACGAAAUCUUGGAGGUGGUCUUGCAUUGUUUAAACCGUUACAAAAACGAAAAAUCGAUCCUGAUAAUCAAGUUACAUUAAAUAUAAGGACGAGACAAAAUCAGUUCAAGAAACUACGGUUUAGCAAUGAAUACCCAAUUCCUGUAAUUGUCUGUGACAACUCGAGAGAAAUUUUGAAAGAGGGAGAGAAUCAAUGCAACAAUACCAAAGAUUGUAAUCGUAGGACAAACAAUAAUGAAGUAGUUGAUAGCUGGUUAAUAACACAUGAAGUUGAAGCUAGUACCAGUGCACUCUUAGAUGAUGAAGAAAAUUCAGAUGGACAGUGGGUGAAACCCAAAGAAAUAGUAGAAAAUGAAAAUACUGACGUUGUUCCAUGCAGUCCUAUAAUGGGAAGUCAGCUUAAAUCUCAUAGAAGAAAAAAUAGAGGAAGGAAGAGAGUUCAAAAUAAAGAGAACUCUAUAUGUACAGACGAAGGGAAAUCAAAUAAUGAUAUGACAAAGGAGACAAAUAAGGAAAAUGAAUACUCAACAGAGAAACAAGACUUAACACAACAUAAAAAUCAUUGUGAAACUUCGGAUUCUAUUGAAUUUGGUGAUUCACCAUUAUUGAUGGAGUUUAUAAAUCAAUCUAUAACUAUAUCAGCAAGACGUUCGGAUCUUGCUUUAGAACAAGAUAUGAAAAUCAAAUCAAAACGGAUAAACAAGCCCAAGCCAACGAUCAGUAAAUUAUAUUUCCAUAAGCAAAUUAAUUCUAAGAAUCGUAUUAGCUGGCAUGAGCUCAGUGAAGGAAACGAACCCGUUCCAUGCUCAUACGACGAGCUUAUUGAACGAAAAUUACCGUCUGAAAUUUUCGAUCUAACAGCUGAUAACGCAAUAGAAUACAAGUUUGCAUGUGGAGAGUUUUAUGGGCAAGAUUUCGUGCAAAACAAUGUUGAUGGUAUCAAAAUGGAAGACGAUGCGUUACUAAUUGUGGACGAGAACGGCUAUGCAGGGAUAACAGAAAUCAAGAGAGCCUUCCUCGCGAGUCCAGGCGUGGACCCGAACUUAGUUCCUACUGGAUGGGUAGAAAAUCAUUAUAAGUGGAUUGUAUGGAAAUUGGCGUCUAUGGACCGAAUGAAAUUUGGUUCUGUCGUAUUACCAAGGGGAUUGACUCCAAACCAAGUAAUGAUGCAGCUAAAAUAUCGUUACUAUCGGGAAAUCGAUAGAUUUCAAAGACCAGCUUUGAGAAGAAUCUUGGAGAAAGAUGAUGCUUCGACCAAACGAAUGGUCUUAUGCGUCUCGUCGAUUACAGAACGUGAUGAUCGAUCCAUAAAGUUAAUACUGACAGAUGGAUGGUACAGUGUUCAAGCUUCGAUCGAUUUAGCAAUGAUGAGGCACAUAGCAUCCGGUAAAGUAAAAGAAGGUACAAAACUAUUAAUGUACGGCUCCGUACUACAAAACUGCGAUCAAGGCUUCGCACCAUUGGAAGUUCCAGACAGUGUAUGUUUAAAAAUACAUACUAAUUCGACGAGAAGAGCUAAAUGGAAUAUGAAACUGGGCUAUGUAGUACCCUCCGGGCCAUUUGAUAUUAAACUAAACACGAUUGACAUAGCCGGUGGAUUAAUUGGAAAAAUUAAAGUAACUGUCGUAAGAGUGUAUCCGAUGUUAUAUCACGAGAAAAUAUCGUCGAACGAAUCUAUUUAUCGAAACGACAGAUGCGAAGAAAAAGCUAAUAAUGCUUACGAGAAGAAGCGUGCUGCGAUGAUAGACUCAUUUCACGAGAAGUAUUUUCACGCUGGAGAAAGUAAAAUUGAUUCGCAAGCAGAUAGUAUAGAGUUAGCAGCAUACGAGUGGAAGAAGAGUCGCGAGAGACUGUCUAAAGAGGAGUUCUAUUCGAAACAAGAGUUCGAACAAGUUCAAAAUGACUGUCACAAAAAGGAGGAACAAUUCCGUAUGAAGUUGGAAUCUCGUUUACAGGAAAGUUUGCCUCCACCGCGACAAGUAACGCCCGUUUUAAAAGUCCGUGUUGUCGAGGACGAGACCAUUGCCGAUCUGCAGAUCUGGUCUCCCAGCGAAGAGGUGCUGGACAUUUUAAAAGAAGGAACUCACGUUUCAGUGAGUAACUUGAUGCCCGCGAAGAGAAGAAGUACCGAGCUGCAAUUGACUGCAAAUCGGGGCUCGUCGUUCAAACAGAUAGACAUUCCCAAUGUGAAUUUCUUUCAAAGAACAUGUACACUGUUAGGCGAUAUAGAUAAAUCACAUUUCGCACCAGCGUAUGGAGAAUUUGACACGAUAGGUGUCAUCGUUUCUAUUGGAACCGAACCCUAUGGUUUUAAAAAUUUCGAAGCUGUGCAUUUGGCAUGCCCGCGAUCGGAUUCGCAAUCUUCGUACUUAUCGAUAUUAUUUUGGCAAGGAAUAUCUUCUUUCGGGUACGCGGAAGUGCUAAGCGUGGGCAAAUUAGUCGCUUGUACUAAUUUAGAGUGGCGACGUGUUACUCCAUGGAGUAUACCUGUAUCAUACUGUACCGAACGAACCACUUUUACGGGCAAUCCCCGACCGAACUACCUCCAACAACCCUUCCAAGAUUUAAAACGUUCAAUAAUGGACAUCGACUCGUACGUAAGUACUUGUGCGGCAGAGAUUUUGGAAGAAGUAAAACAGAAGAGACCACCGAGUAGACUAUCGGAUGGAAAUAAUUUCAAUAGAUCUCCGUUGAACGAUAGUGUUAAACGCUUCACGAAUCAGGUGUCGCAAGACUUUGCAGAGCGAAGCUUAUUGAGUGAUCGACCUGCAAAGUCUCCUGCUAUACAAAAACGACUUGAAAGAUUAAGGAAUAGCGAUGAAGCGCCUGGUUUAUCUCCAAUAGUGAUUACUAGCUCCAAGCGAGUUUCGUUAGAUUUCAAGUCUCCUUUACGGUCGUCGAGUGACAAUCAGACAAAGACUCGAAAGUCGCUCGGCGCAAGGUUUACAUAAGAUUCUAAUUGUAAGUGAUAAGUUUAAUUAUUUUUAAUUAAAUUCUAAUUGUAAGUGAUAAGCUGGUUA